AUGUCGUCUGAACGUACGGAAACGCAGCAGCGCGUGAUUAUUGUAGGCGGCGGACUAGCUGGUCUAGUCGCCGCUUUCGAACUGACGCAGCGCAAUGUGCCUGUUCUCAUUAUCGACCAGGAAAAUGAGAAGAACCUUGGUGGCCAGGCCUUCUGGUCGCUGGGUGGCAUCUUCAUGGUCAACUCUAGUCAUCAACGGCGAAUGGGCAUCAAGGAUUCCCGGGAGCUGGCAAUGCGCGACUGGUUCGCGUCCGCCCGCUUCGACCGUGAGAAAGAGGAUUACUGGCCGCGUAAAUGGGCUGAAGCGUUUGUGAACUUUGCGACAGAUGAGAUGGAAGACUACGUCAAGGCACGAGGGAUGGGAUUCCUGCUGAACGUUGGUUGGGCGGAGCGCGGUGAUGGACGUGCAGAUGGGCAUGGUAAUUCUGUGCCUCGAUUUCAUCUUACGUGGGGCACUGGACCUGAAGUCGUGCGAGUCUUUAGCGAGCCUGUGUUAGCGGCGGCAAAGACAGGACUCGUGGAAGUUCAAUACCGCCAUCGCGUUGAUGAAUUGGUCAUUGACCAUACUGGCCGGGCUGUUGGAGUGAGGGGCCGGGUCCUGGAGUCCGAUGACUCCGAAAGAGGUGCAAAAACCAACCGAACCGAAGUCGGCGAUUUUGAAUUCAAAGGAUCAGCAGUGUUGGUUUCUUCCGGUGGAAUCGGUGGUAAUAUCGAAGCUGUGAAAGCAGCAUGGCCGGUGGAACGCUUGGGCAACCCACCAAAGAAAUUCGUCAUCGGUGUACCAGCCCAUGUGGACGGUCGAAUGAUCGGAAUAACCGAGAAGGCUGGAGGUAAUGUCAUCAAUCGUGAUAGAAUGUGGCAUUACACCGAAGGUCUCACAAAUUGGAACCCGAUUUGGCCUCUUCACGGUAUUCGUGUACUCCCAGCGCCUUCGUCCCUUUGGCUUGACGCAACCGGCAAAAGGCUACCCCCCUUUCUGUUUCCGGGAUCUGAUACAUUAGCAACUCUCGAGUACAUUGGUAAGACUGGAUAUGAUCACACGUGGUUCAUUCUCGACCAGACAAUCAUCGCACGUGAAUUCGCAUUAUCGGGUUCAGAGCAGAAUCCGGAUCUCACAAACAAGAGCAUCUGGCAGUUCAUAACUGGGCGCAUGUUUAGUAGCAAGGGCACAACCCCUGUUCAGAAUUUCCAGAAACACGGCGAAGAUUUUGUAGUCCGAGACAACUUGAGAGAUCUGGUGGAGGGUAUGAAUGAACUGGUCAAGGCGUCAGGAGGGCCAGUCCUCGACUUUGAACAGAUUAAAGAGGUGGUUGAGACAAGAGAUGGGCAAAUGGACAACGCCUACUCGAAAGAUGCACAGGCAAUGCUAAUUCAUAAUGCACGAAACUAUUGGCCAGACCGGCGUGGUCGCGUCGCCCCUCCCCAUCGCAUCCUUGACCCAAAGCAUGGACCACUCAUCGCCGUACGCAUGAACAUCCUGACUCGCAAGACUCUCGGUGGUCUAGAAACAAACUUAAGCAGCAACGUGAUGCGAUCGACCGGAGAAAGAUUUCCAGGACUAUAUGCAGCAGGAGAAGCUGCUGGCUUCGGUGGCGGUGGUGUCCAUGGAUACAACUCGCUUGAGGGCACUUUCUUGGGUGGGUGUAUAUUCUCUGGGAGGGCAGCGGGCCGUGCCAUAGCUGAUGAAGUUUUGGGGGAAGUUGUCAAGAGUCGUGAGACGAGCAAGCUUUGA